AUGAAGGACUGCGAAAAUGGCUUGGAUGAAUCUCAUUGCUCCUAUCUUCACACAUGCCCACCAGGAGACUUUUUAUGCCGAACGGGUGAAUGCGUUUCGGGAAAGUACAAAUGCGACGGAACCUUAGAUUGUCCUGGAGGUGAAGAUGAAAGGAGUUGUGAUUACUCCGACCAGGUAGCGGCAGCGGCAAGAAUUUUUAGUUCGAUCAUCACGGAUUGUCCGGAGCAUAUGUUCCAUUGCUCUCUUGGCCCAUGUGUGGCUAGGAAAUACCUCUGCGACGGAGAAUAUGAUUGUCCGCUGGGAGAUGAUGAGGACGACUGUACCAAGAACAACCGCUCAGAGCUCCGAAGUCAUGAGCUCACCUCAUGUGAACCGGGUCAAAUUCUAUGUGCGGAUCAUACAGCCUGUUUCCCAAAGAACUGGGUAUGUGACGGGGAAAAGGAUUGUAUGGACGGUAGCGAUGAAGACGAUUGUGAGUUGUCCGUAGACAACUUCUUAGCUGAGCCUGUAACUGAGUUAUGCAAAGCUGGAGAGCAUAGAUGCAGGGGAGGUAAGGUUUGCAUACCUUUGAAUCACACUUGUAAUGGGACUCCCGACUGCCCCGAUCAAGACGAUGAAGGCCCACUUUGUAAUGAAUGCAGCACAAGGAAGAUCCGUUGCGAGUACAAAUGCGUUAACACACCGUUGGGCAGGCCCAAUGGCGCUCAUUUUUUGCCAUUUAGCUAUGAAUGCACUUGUGCACCCGGCUACCGCCUUGGCUUAGAUGCUCACAGUUGUCGUCUAGAUCGAACUCAUGAAGGAAUGCUCUUCGUUGCCCUUGGACACGAGGUCCGUUCCAUGCCACUGUUUGAUUCACGCACUUCCGUAGCUGGAUAUGAAACUAUACAAGCCGUUGGAUCCCUGGGAGUGGUCCGAUCAGUGGAUUACCAUAUAUCAGAGCAACUGCUCUACAUAACUAUAGCCGGCUCUAAUCUGAAUGGGGAAGUGGUAAAUCCGUCGCUCACCCCAGGAAUCAGCAUCUGUACAAAGGAUGGAUUUUUCUGUCGUCGAAUAGUCAACGGAAAAGCUGCUGAUCCUAUUGAUCAAGGGAAAAAGCAACAAUACAGAGGACUAGCCCUGCACCCACAACGAGGUGCUAUGGUCUGGAUUGAAUCUUACGGUAGCCACCAUAAGAUUGUUAGUGCAAAUAUGGAUGGUACAAAUGUGAGGAACCUGGUCGAGAACAAACUCGAAUAUCCAACUGGAUUAUCGAUCGAUUUUAUUAGAAGCGAUGUUUACUUUGGUGAUGUGGAAAGACAAAUGAUUGAGCGCGUGAACAUGGAUACAAAGGAGAGGGCCACCUUCGCGCUGAAGGUGUCUGAGCUGAGUAUUCAUCAUGAAUCUGCUCGUUCAAUACAUUCGUUUACAACCUUACCAUAUGGUCUGGCGAUCAAUCAUACGAUGUUCCAGGACCAAUCCCAUAUUGGAAGUGCUCUGAUGAAAGAACAUUGUCUACAUGGUUGUCUGAAUGGUGGACAAUGUCAUGACAUCAAGAAUGAGCAUGGAACAACAGUCAAAAUUGUUUGCAAGUACGAGUAG